CCCCCUUAAUGCUCCAAUCAGCAGCGCCGAUGUGCGAAUGGCGGGCUCUGAUUGGGAGGCGGGGGUUCCCGCCCAGCAGGCUGCCGUGAGGGCGGUGUGAGGGGAGGCUGAGGUGUCCCGGCUCCCCGGAGCGAGAAUGUCUCGGGAGGAGCCUGAGGGUCCCGAGCUGGAGGUAGCAGCGGGCGACAACCCCUUCCCGGAGGGACCGGGUGCGGACGAGCCCCCCGGCAAGGACCCAGACUGGCCGGACUCGGAGCUAGGGCUGGGUCCCCGCGCCUCCGAGUUCUUCGCCUCGCUGGAAGCCGGCGUGGGGAGGCUGCAGCAGCGGGCGCAGGACCUCUGCAACCGCGUCAACGACAACCGCAAGGAAGACCAGAUGCUGCUGAGCAGCCUCAGGGAGACCCUCCUGCUGAAGGUCUCGGAGCUGGCGGAGCAGCUGGAAGAGCGGCUCUUCCACAACUACGGCUACCACAACGAGCUGAUCCAGGAGCGGCUGCGGGCUCUGACCGAGGUGAUGGAGAGCAUGGAGGAGAUACAGGCGGAGCUGCGCGAUAUCUGCCGCACGGUUGAGGAGGUUUAUCGGGAUCUCUGCCUGCAGCCCGAGGCCUGAGAGCACCCCCAGACACCCACAGGACCGCAGGGUUGUGCCGGGCCAAAGGGGGAUUUUGACCCCAAGGGCUUUUCUGUUGCUGUUGAUGGUUGGAACAAAUAAAAGGCUGAAGCCGUCCCAAAA